AAGUAGAAGAAAAGAUAACACUGCACAUUUCAAUCCAGCAUUGUUUAUCAGUUGAUGAAUAUCCAUUCACAUGUCCAGUUACUGCUAGAAGGAAAUGCUGCAAACUUUCUGCUGCCUAUGUCCAGCUCUUCCUCUGUGGCAAUGCAAGACAACUUGAAGGCCCUCGUGUGGAAGGAGUGAGGGAUUAUGGCACAGGCUCAGGGUUUGGGGAAGAAAUACAUUAAAGCCUUUUUUAAAGGUUUUUUUGUUGCUGUUCCUGUAACUGUGACUUUCCUGGAUAGAGUUGCCUGUGUCGCAAGGGUGGAAGGAGCAUCAAUGCAGCCGUCUUUGAAUCCUGGGGGAAGACAAGCAUCUGAUGUAGUACUCUUAAACCACUGGAGCAUUAGAAAUUACGAUGUACAACGGGGGGACAUUGUGUCACUGGUGUCUCCUAGAAAUCCUGAACAGAAGAUCAUUAAACGAGUGAUUGCUCUUGAAGGAGACAUUAUCAAAACCAUUGGAUACAAAAAGAAGUAUGUGAAAGUUCCACAUGGUCAUAUUUGGGUGGAAGGGGAUCACCAUGGACACAGCUUUGACAGCAACGCUUUUGGUCCUGUUUCUCUUGGACUUCUACAUGCCCGAGCUACUCAUAUUCUCUGGCCUCCACAUCGCUGGCAGAAGUUAGAGCCGGUGCUGCCUCCGGAGCGCAAACCACUCCACAGAGAGCAAGAGUGAUCUGAAUGCUCAGACAGGAAAACACCAAGGCCAACCAGGAAGAGCUGCACUGGUUAUACCAUCGCCUCCAAGAGCUUUGCCAAGUGCUUUUGACAUCAGUGUCAUAUCAAUAGAUGUGACAUCUUAAUAUUACAAUGCCACCAAAAACUCUUCAUGUUUUUUUUUCUUUGUUCUAUUGUUUGGUGGGUUUUAAUAAUCUCCAACAUUAGGGCAUAAUAUAUUAAUUCAGUUUGAAAUAAUUGGUUGUAGAAGGACUCAGUGUUCAUUUUUUUUCAGGAAGCAGUAACAUGCUUGGCUUAUACCUGUGCUUCUCUGGACAUGAAACUAUUAAAACCUUCAAUAAACUAUUUUGAUCUUGUA